CACAUCCACAACUCCACUACACACACAAGCAUCCAGCCGGGCUCGUCGUCCGCUAACCUGGCUUGUUAAAGAGCGCUCUCAAUACCCGACCUUCUCAUCGUUGGUUAGCUGAUUGAGAAUACAUUCGAGUUAUACGGCGGCAGCUCUUCAGCAUCUGGUUCAACUUCUUCGCUGGCUGUUUUCUUCCCUCGAAUAUACUCUCGGUCGCUGUUAGACUUCCAUGUUGAGAGUCGAGACUUGACUUCGCCGGCUCUGCCAUUCCCCGGUUCCUUGUAUGAAUGAGCCGUCAUUGAACUGAAGUCUUCCCUAUGCAGUAUGCCCUUCUGGACGUAUAAAGCAUAUCGACAUGGAUACCAACAUCCAGCGCGCUCUCAACGACAAGCUUUAUGAUAAGCGGAAGCAUGGCGCCCUCGAACUUGAACGGGCCAUUCGUGACCUGGUGACCGCCAAGGACUACGCAAGGGUCCAGGCUAUCAUCGACCAGCUCUGCAAUGAAUAUGCUUACGCCGUCCACCAACCUCAUGCCCGGAAUGGCGGACUGAUAGGGCUAGCCGCUGCGGCUAUUGCCCUCGGCUCCGAACUACCGAGAUAUCUCAACGUUAUUGUGCCUCCCGUACUCGCCUGCUUUGCCGACCACGAUGCCCGAGUUAGGUACUAUGCAUGCGAGGCCAUGUACAACAUCGCAAAGGUUGCGAAGGGAGAAAUACUAAUCUACUUCAACCACAUCUUCGAUGCCCUUUGCAAGUUGGGCGCAGAUUCGGAGCUGUCGGUAAAGAAUGGUGCCGAGCUCCUCGAUCGGCUCAUCAAGGACAUUGUAUCGGAGUCGGCCGCCACCUAUGUCUCUGUCUUGGAGUCGGUCCAGAGUGCCCAUGACGCUGCCGGUGAUAAGGAGCAUAGCGACGAUCGUCAGGUCGACCUUCCCACCGCUUUCUCCUUGAAGCGCUUCAUACCGCUCUUGAAGGAGCGCAUGUACGCUCUCAACCCAUUCGCCAGAACCUUUUUGGUUGGCUGGAUUGUCCUGCUGGACUCCAUCCCGGACCUGGAGCUUGUGACCUAUCUGCCCGAGUUCCUCGGUGGACUGCUAAGGUUUCUGAGCGAUGCCAACAGAGACGUCCAUGUUGCAACCCAGGGUUGCCUGGAUAGGUUCUUGAACGAGAUCAAACGCAUAUCUCGUGUCAAGAAGGGGAUUGCUGAGAGUAAGAAGUCCAAGGGCGAUGGGAAGCGCAAGCGAGAGGACUCCCUCGACAGCGGUAGCGUGCAGCCGGCACUUGAAGAAGGGGACGAGGUCGAUUCAGCUGCCGCGGACGAAGAGGACGAUGCGAGUAGUGAGGAUGACUGGGUCCCUGGACAAGAUGUGCAGAUCAACUACAAGGCAAUCCUCGAGAUAUUGACCGCCACCCUCGACUCCCCCUUAGAGGAGGACGGUUUGCUCGAGUCCCUGCGCUGGAUUGUCGAGUUUCUCGAUAUCUGCCCCGAAGAGGUGCUUCCCUUCACGCCCAAAAUACUCGCUCAUCUGCUGCCAGCGAUGGCUAGCGGUGUCGAGUCGAUACGCCAGGCAGCCGGGAGAGUCAACACCUCACUCAUGGAUUAUGUCGUCUCGCUUUCCGACGAACCGGGGCUUCCCACUAUGCAGCAUUUGUCGCGGAUACCCGGUCCGGAAGGCGUGUCGAGCAAUCGAGCCUCGUUGUCAAGUUCCAAGGAGCUCGAGGUGCGGAGUCCUACACCCGCCCAAGGCAGGGCCAUCCCAAGACAACCAUCACCGGCGCCUUCUGCUCACACGGAGGCCGACCUUGAUUACGCAGCCGCCGUCAACUCGCUGACCUUGCUUUUCUUGAACGACCACGAGGCCACUCGUGUAGCUGCGUUGACGUGGCUGAUUAUGCUGCAUCGCAAAGCUCCCCGUAAAGUGUUGGCCUUCAAUGAUGGCACUUUUCCGGCCUUGCUCAAGACUCUCUCAGAUCCCGCAGAGGCCGUCGUCACAAAGGACUUACAGCUCCUUUCGCAGAUCUCGAGAAACAGUGAAGACGAUUACUUCACAAACUUCAUGGUUAACCUCCUCCAGCUCUUCGCUACUGACAGGAAGCUGCUUGAGACACGGGGUAACCUUAUCAUCCGCCAGCUCUGUGUCAGCCUUAGUGCCGAGCGCAUCUAUAGAACCCUUGCCGACUGCAUUGAAAAGGAGGAAGAUGUCGAGUUUGCUAGCAUAAUGGUGCAGAAUCUCAACAAUAACCUCAUCACCGCACCAGAGCUGUCUGAGCUGCGCAAGCGACUUAGGAACCUAGAAACGAAGGACGGCCAAACCUUCUUCGUGGCACUUUUUCGGUCAUGGUGCUAUAAUGCCGUUGCUACGUUCUCACUGUGCCUGCUUGCCCAGGCUUACGAACAAGCAUAUAACCUUCUUCUGAUAUUCGCUGAUCUUGAGAUGACGGUCAAUAUCCUGAUCCAGAUCGACAAGCUGGUCCAGCUUCUCGAAUCGCCCGUAUUUACAUACCUGCGUUUGCAACUCCUCGAGCCAGAAAGAUACCCACAUCUUUAUAAAUGUCUCUAUGGUCUCCUGAUGCUCCUCCCCCAAUCAUCCGCAUUCGCAGCCCUCAAGAACCGCCUCAAUAGCGUGAGCUCGAUAGGAUAUUUGCACAUCGCGCCCAGACCCAAUGCGACGACGCCAGGUAGUUCGAGCUUUGAUAGACCUAACAGACUCAAGGGCGGCCGCGAGGAUGGCAUUAUUCGCUGGAACGAGCUCUUGGAGAAGUUCCGCAGCGUCCAAGAACGAGCAAGACGGGCCCAGCGGCCAGGAGGCGACCUCGACCACGGGCCGACUUUUGGAGUUGGCGAUCUGCGCCUUAGCGACGGGCUCGAGAUGAAGGCAAAGGAUGCGUCUCGUCCCCCGGCAAGCCAGCCCAUGCCUGCGAAGGAUCCGCCAGCACCCGCCGCGCCUGUUGUGAAGCCGCGAUCGGGGCUGGGGAGGCAAUUCGGGAGACUCGGAGGGGCGGUUUCGGGGCGAGGAAAGCGGAAUCAACAAUAGCGCUAUCCCAGGCGAUUGUCGAUCUAUCAAGUGUAGCAUACAUAGUCCUAGUAAUAUUUGGAACGUAAUGUAGACUUAUUAAUCCCGG